AUGAAGGAAGUCACGCUCUCCUGCUUCCUCUCCCCCGACAACAACAACAACGACAACGACGUCGACCACGACGACAACGACAACAACAGCAAUAAGAGAUACCGGCUGCCGCUGGGACAGCCCAUUCAGACCGAGGAGCGAAGGGGGGAGCAGCUAGUCAUCAGUAGCGCGGCUGCUUCGUUCGCCCUACGCACCCGAGAUGCGAGUCAGCACCUGAACCCUCCCUCUUCGACACAACUUAGUGGACUCGUCCCGUUUUAUCUCAUCAAGUGGGAAAAAAAAUCUGAAAAUGUUUUUACCGACCUCUUUCUUUCGUUUCCUUUUUCUUUCUUUCUUUCUUUCUUUCUUUCUUUCUUUCUUUCUUUCUUUCUUUCUUUCUUUCUUUCUUUCUUUUUUCUUUUCAUUGGUUCUUUUAGCUUUUCUUUCAUUUUGCUUUUUCUUUUUCUUUUCAUUUCUUUUUCUUUCUUCAUUUUCAUUUUCUUUUUAUUUUUUUACUCUUUUCUUUCUCUUUUUGUCGCUUUCUUUUUAAUUUCUUUCUUUCUUUCUUUCUUUUCAUUCUGCUUUCUUUGUUUUUAUUUCCUUUUCAUUUUAAUUCUUCCUUUUUGCUUUUUCAUUUUUCUUUGUUUCUUUAACUUUUUCUUUUCUUUUUUCUUUCUUUUAUUCUUUCUUUUUCCUGAUUCGUUUCUUUUCAUUUCUUUUUCAUUUCUUUUCUUUUCAUAUUUUUCCAGUCACUGA